GUUCUUACUACCAUCCUUAUAAGCAUUAUUCUUCAUCAGAUAUUCUUGAGAUGAUGAUAGAGGCUGGGUUAGAUUGGACUAAUAUUCACACAUAUAAUAACAGGCUGUGUACAGUAAUUCACAGUGGCGAUUAUAAAUCGACUUCACUACUUCUCGAACAUGGCAUCGAUGUCAAUACGGUAGAUAAAAAUGGAGACAAACCCCUCGCUCUUGUAUCCCAACAUUGUGAAACACAACUGGUGACAUUGCUGAUAUCAAAAGAUUGUGAUAUAAAUCACCAGAAUCAAAGAGGAGAGACAGCGUUGCACAAAGCUCUACAAGUCAUGAGAUAUUCUCAUCAGAAUCGGAGAAAUGUUAUAAAAAUCUUGUUGCAGAAUGGAAUAAACCCGAACCUUAGUGACGUCGAAGGCCAAACGGUUUUGUUCAUGGCAGUAGCUGAACAAGAAAGAUCUAUUACUGAAGAUUUAUUAAAGGCUGGUGCUGAUGUUAACCAUUGUGAUAAGAGACGGGAAACCCCAUUGAUGAUCGCAGUUGGGAAUAAGGAUAAUGUUAUGGUAGAUGUUCUAUUGAAGGCUGGUGCCGAUCUGAAACCCAGAGAUAUAUUAGGUAUGAAUGCUAUAUUCCUUGCAGCACUAUUGAAUAAUUCACUAGUUUGGGAUGUUUUACUUAAAUAUUCAGAUUUGAGAAGUGAAACAGGGAGUAUCGGUAAUGCCGCAGAUGAAUAUGGUAUAACAUCAUUCAUGGUGGCAGCAGAAAGAGGACCUAAACCUAUGGUAGAAACACUACUCAGAGCUGGCUGUAAUAUCAACCUACAAGGUCAUGGUGGUGAGACGCCGUUAAUGUUUGCUGUAGACAACCAGGAUGAAACUAUUUUAUCACUUCUAUUACAGAAUGGCGCAGACUAUAAUAUUUGUGAUUACAAUGGCCAAACAUCUUUGAUGGCGGCAGCAGGAAGAGGACGUAAACCUAUGGUAGACAAACUACUGAUAGCUGGCUGUAAUGUCAACCUACAAGACCAUGAUGGUAAGACGGCGUUGAUGUAUGCUGUUUACAACAAGGAUGAAACUAUUCUAUCACUUCUAUUACAGAAUGGUGCAGACUAUAAUAUUUGUGAUAACAAUGGCAAAACAGCGUUGAUGGUGGGAGUACAGAAGGAUAAUCAAAUUUAUUGUGAGGAUUUACUGAAAGCUGGGGCUGAUGUUAAUUUGAGCGAUAAGGAUGGAAAUACAGCAUUGUUGAUUGCAGUCCGGUUGAAUAACAGGAAGAUUGUAAAUGGUUUACUGAAAGCUGGAGCCGAUGUUAAUCUGAGUGAUGAUAAUGGAAAGACAGCUUUGAUGAUAGCAGCACGAAACUGUAAUAGAUUUAUAUUAGAAUGUUUACUAAACGCUGGAGCCGAUGUCAAUUUGAGUGAUAAUAAUGGAGAGACGGCUUUGAUGAUAGCAGCAAGAGACUGUAAUAGAUUUAUAUUAGAAAGUUUACUAAACGCUGGAGCUGAUGUUAAUAAAACUGAUACUGAUGGAAGAUCAGCUAUACAUGGUAUAAUGGUUGGUGGUGAUGGAAGGGGUCGGAAAUGGAUCAACUGUCUAAAAUUACUUUUAAUCAAUAGAUGUCACGUGUCACUGGACACUUUAUUCCAACGGUUACUGGGAAAAAACGAAGAAGAUCUGGUAUGGUAUCUCGUAACAGAAAAUUGUUCUCUCAAAGGUUUGGAUCUUUCAAAGGCCAAAGAUAAAUUUCAAUUUCCAGAUGUCUCGAUGCUUUCUAAAAUUCUGUUUGAAAGUGGUGCACCGAAGAGUGGAAUAGAAAACAUUAUUGUUUUGUUGGUGUUAAAUACUGAUUCGUGGCUUUCUACACAUAAUCCGAUGCUGGGUGAAUCUGAAGAUAAACAACAACUUGAUGAAUUUCGUGAUUUCUGUAAAUCACGAAGUUUGAUGUCAAGAUGUAGAAGAGAAAUCGGAAACUGUAUCGGAUCAGGAAUCAGCAGUAAAAUAACUCAAGUUGGUUUACCACAACCUCUACAAGAUUAUGUCCUCAUGAAAGACUUUAUACCCAAGAAAUACUUUACUCUUGUACUAAACGACCAAGAUGAUAGUGAUGCCAGGACCGACGUAUCAAGAAAUAAACAGAUGUUAAUUAGGAGGAAAAUAGGUUCGUUUGAAUCUCGGUAAGAGAGAAUUUGAUCAUAUAUUAUUGAGGUUAAAUAUCAUCCUGAACACAAUAGACAUGCUACAUACUGACCUGGUCAUCAUAUAAUUUUGGAUGUUUCUGAAUAUCCCCUACUUUUUUGAAGAGUAUAUAUUGAUAUAUUUUAACAUUUUAAAAUACUUUUCUUCCGUCUUGGGACUAUUCAUAAAUAAUGUCCUAGUAUAAAGAUGGACAGUAUAGUAUAUUUAUACAUAGUAACACUGUGGUUUUAAUUGGCUAUAUUUACCAUUGUCUAUGGUUACAUAGUAUAUCGGUAAUUAACAGAAAACAUGUAUACACGUGUGUUAAUAUGUUGUAUAUGGGUACAAUUUAGGAACAAUAAGUGGAAGAUAAUCCUGGGAUAGAUUAAGAAAAUUAAUGAAAUUAGUGGCCAAUUGUUAAUUAAGGACUAUUAAGUUGGGGAACGUAUUGCUUUAAUAAAAUGGUUAUCCAUUAUGUUCCUGUUCGUGAUGUCAUUCAUUGAAAUGGAAAUUUGAAAUUUUACUUGUAGGUUUUGUGCACAUCUAUUUAUAAAUAAAGGCCCAUUAUCAAUGUUACAAUCCCUUCCAUGGUUGCGUACUCUAUCCCGUAGAUGUGUGCCCGUCUCUCCGGUAUAAAAGUUCGACAACCAUUACAUGUGAAAACAUAUGAGAUUUUUUGUGUCUCAAUUCAUAUUGUUGUUGACGUUAAAAAUAAAUUUAUGAAAGUUGUUAUUUGACGUUAUAUGAUCGCAACAUUUAUAUCGUUACAUAAAACCCGGCUCUUGUGAUAGAUACAUCGAAUUUAGCUUUGGUUAGGGGGCGUUUCAGAUUAGGUGUCUGUCUUUGAGAUUAGAUGAGUUUGUCGUUUGAUGCCAGUAUUGUCCUGCUCUCGUACAUUGUGAUAAAGAAGUUGGGAUUUUGGGGGUUAUGGAUAGCGACAAAGGUAAUGAUAUUAUCCAGGCUGGUUUGUUUUUAAUUUAGUAGCCCUCAAGAAUUGCCGAAGCCUUGUUCAUCCCAUCUUCUAUUACCUCCAGGGAGUAAUACUGUUUAAAUGAAUGUCUUUUUAGCUCAACUAAUCUGACAACCCGAAGGUCUUCAUCUAUCACAAGCUAAAGAAA